AUGGCGUUAGAUAACCUCACCGCAGUUUUGUAUAAAACUAAGGAUUUACGAUUGGAACAAACGCCGAUUCCUGAAAUAGCUGACGAUGAGGUUCUCCUGCGCAUGGACUGUGUCGGUAUAUGUGGGUCAGAUGUGCACUACUGGCAGAGCGGUUCCUGUGGCCACUUCGUUCUCAAAGAGCCCAUGAUCAUGGGGCACGAAGCGUCAGGCGUAGUCGCUAAGCUAGGUGCCAAAGUAAAGAAUCUACAGGUAGGAGAUCGAGUGGCCAUCGAACCUGGUGUGCCUUGUCGGUACUGCGAAUUCUGCAAGACUGGCCGAUACCACUUGUGCCCCGACAUCAAGUUCUGUGCCACCCCACCGAUACACGGCAACCUGGCGCGUUAUUACAAACAUGCGGCUGACUUCUGCUACAAGCUACCAGACCACGUGUCUAUGGAAGAAGGGGCAUUGUUAGAGCCCCUCUCUGUAGGCAUCCACGCGUGCCGGCGCGGCGGCGUGACCGCGGGGCAGGCCGUGCUCGUGCUGGGCGCCGGCCCCAUCGGCCUGGUCACCAUGCUCGCUGCAAAGGCUAUGGGCGCUAGCAAGAUACUUAUCACAGAUAUACUGCAAUCCCGAUUGGAUAAGGCUAAGGAGUUGGGCGCUGACUAUACUUUAUUGGUCACCAAGGAUUCCUCUGAAGCAGAAAUGGUACACAAGGUGCACGAACUUCUGGGAAGUCACCCCGACAUCUCGAUAGACGCGAGCGGCGUGCAGGCCACGGUGCGGCUGGCGCUGCUGGCGACCAAGUCGGGCGGCGCGGCGGUGCUCGUGGGCAUGGGCAGCCCCGAGCUCACGCUGCCGCUGGCCGGCGCCGUGGCGCGCGAGGUCGACGUGCGCGGCAUCUUCCGAUACGUCAACGAGUACCCAAUAGCAUUGUCCAUGGUGGCGAGCGGACAGAUCAACGUGAAGCCGCUGGUGACCCAUCACUUCAGCCUUGAAGAGACCCUGGAAGCCUACGAGGUGGCACGUCGCGGCUCCGGCAUCAAGGUCAUGAUACACGUCCAGCCGAAAGACGCUAACAAUCCUCAAAAAUUC